AUUACUAGUUAGACUUCCUGUCUCUUUCUCUCUCUCUCUCUCUCUCUCUCUCUCUCUCUUUCUCUCCACAAUGUUGCUGUGUUUGGUUAUACUGCUACAGCUCCUUCAAUUGAUUGUUUCUCAUGAAGCUCCUACUGUGAGAUUCAGGUCUCGUAAACAACUCAUCUUUGAAGGAGAAGCCAUUGAUAUCUGUGUCUAUGUUCGUGAUGGACCAUUUUCAGUAUUGACAUUAGCAAUGGAAUUAUAUGAUCUAUCAGUUUUCGAAUCCAAUGCCACAUUGUUUGAAGUUAACGUGACAUCAACGGGGGAGACCUGCUUCGCUCUCAAUGAAGAUCUGAUAUCAAGAGAGCCUUAUAACGCAUACAUAUUGGUAAUGCCUUUUGACUAUUAUGAUAACAUGAGUGAGUAUCACGUUGGAUUUCCCUUUUUCCUCAAGCUGUUUGUUACUGGCUUGCCUCCUCCGCCAUGUCCUUGCGAAGAGCGUUUAGCUCUAAUUGCUUGCAAGGUCCUUGAAACGAAGGGAGAAGAGCUACCUACCCCUUGCAUUAAAGCACUGUAUCCCAAAUGUUUUAAAAGAAAAGGUCGUAAAAGAUGUGGUCGUCGUAGAGGUCCUGGUGGUGGUUGUGGUGGGGGUCCUUGUGGUGGUGGCCCUCCUACUGGUGGUUGAGGUGGGGGUUCUUGUGGUGGUGACAAUGUUCUAGAAUAAUUUAUUGGUUCCAUUAGCCUCUGGUGAUGUCAUCUUUUAACACAAUACAAUGUUUGUUUUCUUUAAGUUGCAAUUAAAUUUUCUGAAAAUUAUCAUUUUAAAGCCUUGAA